GAAGCCCCGCCCCCCGGCGCUGUGUCUUUAUAACCGUCGACGCGUCGUUUCUGUGCGUCUCUAGAGUGUCGAACGCGUUUGGACACACAACGCUCAUCCAAACCACCGCCGCAUCCAUAACUGCGACAUCACAGAUCGGACACGAUGUCUGACGAAGGGAAGCUAUUUAUCGGUGGAUUGAGUUUCGAUACCACGGAACAGUCGCUAGAGGACGCCUUCUCCAAAUAUGGAGUUAUCACCAACGUUCACGUGGCCCGAAACCGAGAGACGAACAAAUCCCGAGGCUUUGGGUUUGUGACCUUCGAGAAUCCAGAUGACGCUAAAGACGCUCUGGAGGGAAUGAACGGAAAGUCUGUAGACGGGCGGACCAUCCGUGUGGAUGAGGCUGGAAAGGGCGGCGGUGGCCGAUCGGGUGGAGGAUCUUACAGAGGUGGCGGAGGAGGAAGAGGCGGCGGAGGAGGAGGAGGAGGUUACUUCAGAGGAGGUCGAGGGAGAGGAGGUGGUGGCGGUUACGGGGGCGGUGACCGCGGUUACGGGGGCGGCGACCGCAGUUACGGAAGCGACCGGAGCUACGGCGGUGGCGGAGGAUACAAGAGCGGAGGAGGAGGAGGGGGCGGCGGCUACAGCAGAGACCGGAGUUCAAGUUAUGGUGACCGGGGUGGAUCAUACAGAGACAGUUAUGAAUGAUAGUUAUGCUGUACGCGAGUAAAACCCAAGACCCUGUCACGCCGCCGGCUGCGUGUUUCUAAAAGGCACCACCAUCUGUUCUUGGAUCUGUCUUGUGUUUCUCUUGUGUUCAUGUGUUUGAGGGAAAGGCGACUCUCUCUAUUGGCUGUGAAUGAGUUUUAAACCUGAUGAUGCUUUUUUCCUCUCAGUCCCGUUUUUUUAUUUUUUGUUCCGAGCUGAAAUCUCCUGGAAGUUUUUUGUUUUUUAAUAGUUUUAAAGGGAUACACGUGUUACACUCAGUGGAGUCACUGUGAUUUCUGUAGAUUAAGGACUCCUUUUCAUAGAAGCAAGGUCAUGAAUUCUCAAAUGUCCAGUAUCCAAAACGUGAAUUCUUUUCAGACUGGUGACCGCUGCUGGAGCGUCUGGAGCACUGGUGCUGUUGGGUUUCUCGCCCGAGGUAUCUCCUCUCUCUCUGCUCCACGGCUGCAUUUCAAUGUUCUAAUGAUGGACUCUUGACAAAUAUAUUCCUCAUUUGCUUCAAAACAAAAAGAUUGUAAAUCGUUCACUCUUGAAACUGGAGGAAAACUUGUGCUCCUGUCUUCUUUGUAUCAAAAUUUGACUUUCUUUUGUUUUAUUUUGGCUUCAUGGAGCCCUAUUAAACUAAACCAUUUGUUCAAA